AUGGAGCGCUGGGACUCACUGGGAUUUUUGAUUGUGACACUCAACUAUAACGUGACUAUUGUAGGAAAGAUCUGGCUAAUGUUAAUAAUCCUGCUGCGAAUGGCAGUGGUAGUGUUGGCAGGCUACCCCCUCUACCAAGAUGAGCAGGAGCGCUUCGUCUGCAACACCCUGCAACCAGGAUGCUCCAAUGUUUGCUAUGACUUGUUCUCUCCUGUAUCUCACUUCAGAUUCUGGCUCAUUCAGACUGUGUCUAUCCUGCUACCUUACGCUGCAUUCAGCAUUUACGUUUUGCACAAGGUAGCUAUGUACGUUGUAAGAAUGCACUGUUUGGUGCAUGGAUGCAAAGGGAGUAAGGGUUUAUCAAGCCCCAAUGACCUGAAAGAGCUCUGUAGAAGUGCUGUUGUCAAUAGAUUAGAUUGCGGUGCACACAACCUAAGCAUCCUUAAUUUUUCUGGGGCAUAUACUGUUCAUCUUUUUUUUAGGACCCUACUUGAGGUUGCCUUUGCAGCUGUGCAAUAUUUUCUUUUUGGAUUUUUUGUUCCUGAGCGCUUUUCCUGCUACCAUUCACCUUGUACAAGCACAGUUGACUGUUAUAUCUCCCGGCCCACGGAGAAAUCCAUCAUGAUGAUUUUCAUCUGGGGGGUCAGCAGUAUAUCCUUUUUGCUUAGCCUUGCUGAUCUAGUCUGUGCUCUCCGGAGAAUGACAGCAAGAAACCAAAAGAACAAGGGACUGGCAAACCUCCACGUAGAGAAUGAGUGCAUUUUAGAUCUUCGGCCGGUACAGCAUGGUAACUCUUCUCCACCUCAAAAUGAAGACUGUCCAGUAUGUGAUAGCAGCCAGACCAGUGAUGGCUCCUGUUCACUUCUCGCUGACGAGGAAGAGGCUGUUCUUCAUCCUGAAGUAGUGUCUCAGCAAACUGCCAGCACUAACGUUAACGGCAACAGCAAUAAGCCCUGUAAAUCAGGAGAUCUUGCUGUUAAGCAAGAUAGCCCUGAAGAACCCCUGGGCGCCAGUGACCACCAAGGAACUACAUGCAGGCAAGCGAGACCCAGGCUUCAGCAAGACGUCAUUAAAGAUACUGCCCCGACUUUGAGACCUCAGAUCAAGUCUCACCUUGGAGCUUCUUCCUCUGUAGUUCAGAGCAAACUUUUAGGAUAUUACCCUUCAGCUGAUCUAGAAAAACCUGAUGCACAAUCAAAUUAUAGCAGUACUAGUUGCUUGAGGUCAAAAAAGUCAGAAUGGGUAUAG